GAGCUUCAGUCGCUUGAGCUCCACAGAAGCAAACGUCAGGUUGAUAAAGUGAAUACGACGCUUAAAAUAAGCAAACUUAUAUCAGAGUUAAAACCGCACAUCUGUCAAUCAAAGGGUGUCAUGUGUUCACCAGGACCUCCAGGCCUUCCAGGUCCACCCGGACCGAGAGGAGAGAAAGGAACCCGGGGACGAAGAGGACAGAGAGGGAAACAAGGAAACAAAGGAGAUCAAGGAAUUAUGGGAUCACCAGGAAAAAGUGGCAAGCAAGGCAUCGUGGGACCUAUUGGAUCACCUGGCGUAACAGGUCCGAAAGGACAAAAAGGAGACAUUGGGCCUGCAGGCAUGCCGGGAUCUAAAGGAGAGCCUGGUGAAUCAAUUUCAGCACCUUCCGUUGCUGUUUCUCCUGCAAGAUCGACUAUAAACGAAACUGGAUCAGCCACGUUUAAGUGUUCAGUUAUUAGUUAUCCUAAACCUACAGUAGUUUGGAGUAAAUUGAACAGUCAAACAAAUAUUAGCCAGUCAAUGGUUUCAGGAGAGACUUUGAGUUUACAGAACUUGAAGGGGAGUGAUGCGGGUGUGUACAAAUGUUCAGCGAUAAACAUCUUGGGGCAGGUGUACGCAGUGGGUCAGCUUGCGGUGAAUGGUAAGUUAAUAUAUGUUUUAGAGGAUUUAUUUGUUAUUAUCUUAUUGCAUGGACUUAGCUUAAGAUAAGGGAGGAAAAAGUAAAUUUUAUCCGGAAGAAAGAUUUUACAUUUUUCUUUCUUUUUUUUUUUUAUUCCCAAGACAUAUGUAACAUCCUUGAUUUUUGUUUCCUAAUCAAAUGUCUAAGGACAGAAAUUAUCGUUUGUUGCAGUUCUUGCACUAUUUAGCUGCUGAUUAAAUUUUUCGCGAAACGCAAGGUAGAUUUAAAUUAACAAUUAAUGAAUGACGCUGAGUUUCGUAUGAAGAAUUAUGGAAUUAUGAUGCGAAAGCCGAAUUCAAUAAUUGUUUAAUUUUAUCAUUCAUUCAAAAUAAUUCCUAGUUUGAAAACAUAGCUAAAACAUCCUUACCUCCAUCGAUUUUAAGUUCGAUAGUAAAGACAAACUUAAAGCAAGGGCCACACAUACACCAACCCACGGCCUGGCCAGUACCUCACGCAGGCGCACAGCCAUGUCACCCGGGCAGUGGAGUUUCCUCGUUCAUUGAUCCGACAGCUAUGCCAUGCUGAUGCGCCCCAAUAAGGGAGAAACAGCUGUCCAUGGCUGCCACUUCCCGGUUGAUAUGGCUGUGCGCAUGAGGUACUGGCCAGGCCUUGGGUUGGUGUGUGUGUGUGCCCCUUGCUUUAAGUUUGUCUUAUCUUCGUUAGUGCACGUUUAAGGUUGUUCAGCUCCGCAAAUAUUCUCCACAUAGCAGAUGUCGCCCUUCAAGGUGUCUUCUUGCUGUUCUUGCCAUGUUUUUAGCUACUAUUUCGCCUAGUUCUUACUCUUGAAACGAGUAAAAUGUCCGCCAUUUUUGUUUUUACAACCAAAGCAACUCAACCUCGUCCCCAGGUCUUCUCGGUUAACGGCGCAUUAACCUACAAGGAAGCUGCACUUUUGACGUCAUCAUCGGUUCAUUAAUCGCAAAAUUCUUCCAAAUUUGGUCAUCACUAGCUGAUUAUGGUGAAUUAUGCGUGUGCUUUUAGCCAAUAAGAAUUGGGGAAAUAUUUUGAAUGAAUAAUAAGCUGUGUUAAUAAAGGGCUAAUUGUAGGUACUACCAUCUGGAAAGGAUUUUUACCGCCCGCUGUCUGGAGAAGCGGCUUUUUAACAAAAAAGCAAAAUAUUGUUUGAGCAGGUACAAUUAUUAGUUACGCAACACCUUUCCGGUUCAAAUAUAGCGUCCGAAUCCACUGAAGUCGUUAGUCCAGGAAGUCAAUUUAGUCUUUUGCAUGUUAGCAGAAAAAUUCAUCUUCUCUGUUUACAGUUCAUCCAUCCAUAUCUCUUGAUCCGGGACCUCAUUAUGUUGUUGAAGGAAGUAACGCCAUUCUUCCUGUAUGUCACGUUACUGGGCAUCCCACACCAGUGGUCACGUGGAGCAGAUCAUUUGGUCAGCUGCCCCAAGGAAGGAUACAGAGUAACAACAGCGUCAUCAAAAUUGUUGGUGCCCGUAAAAUUGAUUCUGAUAACUACCUCUGCACUGCAACGAACCUGUUAGGAAGUAUUGUAAAAAGAACUCAGUUAAAUGUAGUCUCCCUCCCUCAAUUCACUGUACAGCCACCGGCAAACCUUACCGUGUCGAUUGGCCAAACUUUAACUUUAAACUGCUCUGCUACUGGGAAUCCUCAGCCAGUCAUAAGCUCGAAAAAACCAGGACAACAACUUCCAGUUGGACGAAGCCAGCAUAUCAAUGAUGCGUUAGUUAUCAGGGACACCAAAGAGGAAGAUGCAGGGAGUUACAUUUGUACUGCAACAAGUGCAGGGUUUUCCUACGUGGAAACUACCAUCGUGAUUGAGGUUAAAGCUAGAGGUAAAUAAAAAAUCAGUAUACUUGCUUCAUAGUGCCUUAAUAUACUCGUUUGAUAACUUUCUGACUCAGAUGACACUGAGUGUGAAANUGGAGCAGAUCAUUUGGUCAGCUGCCCCAAGGAAGGAUACAGAGUAACAACAGCGUCAUCAAAAUUGUUGGUGCCCGUAAAAUUGAUUCUGAUAACUACCUCUGCACUGCAACGAACCUGUUAGGAAGUAUUGUAAAAAGAACUCAGUUAAAUGUAGUCUCCCUCCCUCAAUUCACUGUACAGCCACCGGCAAACCUUACCGUGUCGAUUGGCCAAACUUUAACUUUAAACUGCUCUGCUACUGGGAAUCCUCAGCCAGUCAUAAGCUCGAAAAAACCAGGACAACAACUUCCAGUUGGACGAAGCCAGCAUAUCAAUGAUGCGUUAGUUAUCAGGGACACCAAAGAGGAAGAUGCAGGGAGUUACAUUUGUACUGCAACAAGUGCAGGGUUUUCCUACGUGGAAACUACCAUCGUGAUUGAGGUUAAAGCUAGAGGUAAAUAAAAAAUCAGUAUACUUGCUUCAUAGUGCCUUAAUAUACUCGUUUGAUAACUUUCUGACUCAGAUGACACUGAGUGUGAAAGAAAUUUUAUAACGCUAGUCAGUCGUCUAGUGAGUGACCCAAAUAAAAAAAUAAACGAUUCGAGUAAAAAAAGAAUAUAUUUUUCCGGUUAUUGACCAGGUACGGUGUAUUUUACUUCUCCCUUACUGCACCGAAACAUGAUUUACGGAUUAAGGCGCUGAAAGUAGUGAAUAUAUCACUGGGAUGGACUGCCAAAGUAUUUGAUAGCCAAAGGUUUAUACCUAUAAAGACGAUCAUCCUGGGAUUAUCAGCUUUUUUAUAGAUUACUUCAUUGUUGUUGAGCGGGAAUAAUUUUCAUCCACGAACUAAGAAGAAUCGUAAAGUUUUUCGAUCGCUGCGAUCACUCUCGUUUUACCUGCGAUCAGGCAUCGUACAUAUAGAUAUGAGCAGGGCAAGUAUCUAACAGGCGAGCCAACCAUAAAGUAUUUGUUUGCUAAAUAAGUAAAUACAUACAUGCACUGUUGUACAGGUAGCUAUUACGACAUCCGAAGGAGGAUCAUGAAGUUAUACUAUAAAGAGAUCUAACUUACAGAUAACCCACCCAGCCCAUGGAAAGGCUGGCCACACCAACGGGGUCUACGUCCUCUACUCAGUUUCGGAACAGUGGUGUAGGUUUUUUGUUACGUCCCACAAUUUUCGUCCUUAUCCCUGAAGUCUAGAAAGACUAACUCUAGUUUCCAGAUGUCUUUACCAAGGCAGCACUUUCUUCUCAGUUGCUUAAAGACCCUGAGUGUUGGUCCAGCAGGGGUUUGAACCCGUGCUCUUCCAACUGAGCUAACCAGGCGGUGGUGAAAAGUACCGAGAUAUUAUUACUGCCUUUACUUUUAAUCACUCUGAGUCAACUGACCUCCUCGAUUUUAAAAAUACAUGACACUUUGAUGAAAGUCCGAUAAAUCUCUGUUAGGUUCUGGGAAAAUCCAAGUAUUUACCCAGUAUUAAGAAUGAAGAUGACAAAUAACCGAUUUACUGAUAAGCUUUCUAUUUAGAAGAAUAAAUAUUGAAAGUAGCUUUUUGAGAGUUGGACAUCCUGUCUCCAAACUUGACGUUCCUUAGCAGAAAAUAGUAAUUAUCUUUAUAAUGGCCACUUUUACCUUUUGGCAAUUCAUAUUAGAAAACUUAAGGUUUAUUAUUAAUCUUAUGUUUACUUAAGCUUUUUGUUUUGGGAACACAUUAAUUUAGAGUAAGGAACCUUGCCCUCUAUCUAUUUAUCUAGUUUCAACAUGCCUGAUUAGUCUAAAAAGAUCUAAGUAACUUUCAUAAUAAUCUCGCGAAAAAGUGUUUAUUUUAUUGAUCUUUACUCUAGUAGUUGUCCCUUUUAGUUAACCUGUUCCAGAAUUAGAGGACGAGCUUAGAAAAAGAUUUAAGCCUUUGAGUUAAUUGCCAACGAGCAGCCUCGCGAAGAUGCGAGGCUGCGAGGCGCCUAAUAAAGCCGUGCGCGAAAGUUCCAAGGCCGAUAAUGAAUCUCGAAUCGAGCGAUGUAACAAGGUAGUGUAAGUAACUUUUAUGACGUAAUGAAGAACAGAGAAGGAAUUGUUUUCGAACGAACAAGUUUUGGCUUCCCUCGAAAGUCGUACUUGGCAUCCGAAGGAGUUUCGUUGUUAUUCACAAGAAAAAGAGAAAAACUUAAAUCUUCAGAUCUUUUCAUUUAUCUCCAAAUAAUCUUUAACUCUUCAGUUCUUCAGAUAACAACUAAGUCUGCCUUACACGAUACGGAUGAGCGAAGGAUUACAUGGAUUGUAAACCUAAAUCACACAUGUGAUCACAGGUAACCCAGGCUCUGUGAUAGUGCCACAGUACCCUUCCAGUAAAAUUACAGUGUUUGUAUCGGGUAAAAAUACCACCCUAAAAUUUCUAGGAAAUGCUAAAUAAAGAUCAAUGAAACUUACUCUGCAGUUAAUUGUUGUUGUCCUUAUUGCUCCAACGAAGUUUCGUGACAAUUUGCAGUAAUUUGUUCAAAUUCACUCUAAAUACAAUAAUAAUAUACAAGGUAGGAAACACGAGAUGCCAUUUUCACCGACAUGCUCUCAUUCAACACAACUUUUUCCACGAAAUUCGAACUCCAACGGAAAAUAGACAUGCCAGGAUCGUAGAAAUAGGAUAGCAGCAGAUAUAGAAACCAAUGAAGCUUUCCCAGAUAGAGAAACGAAUCCCACAGACUUUGACAAACUCGAAGAAUAUAAUCCAAACACACCGAGAAUACGCUCGCCGAAGCAGCCGGGCCAGAUCAACGCGCGGCCAAGAAAAUGAAGCCUGGGCACUGUACAAAAAAAUUCCAUCCCGGGGGUCCUGGGGUGACCUUUCUAGGGACCGAUACAUCAUUUGCCCAAGGCCACCCUCCCCUGCUGGAAAAAUACUUGAUAGAAGGCAAUUGUUCUUCCUAGCCAAUCACUAUGGCCUGUUAUAAAGAGAUUAUUUUCCUCUCGAACUAUAUUCAGCUCCUGGCGCUGGUCCUCAGAAAGUUUAUCAAACAUCAAUAGGGCAAGGUUAUAAGGGCAAAGGAAAGAACAACGAAGGACGAUUUACAAAACUUAAAACGAGCAAAAGAUAUAAGUGAAUUUUGGCUCUUACCGAGGCAUUUGUACAACAGGAUCAAAUUCAAAGAGAGGUGUCUCACGAUGCCGAUAGAGCGUUCACUUGUAUUGACAAGAAGUCGGCGUGUUACUGCCGCAUUAAUCGCUAAAUAUGUUAAUCGCGCUAGUUCUUUGUUUACUAGUGCACGUGGCUUUCACAUUCGUCUCAGUUAUCGCAAUUCAUAUUCUGUCGCAAUUUUCUGUAUAAUUUUUGACAUUAGUUUGUAAGCUUCAACGUUUAUUUACGAUAGUUUCGCUCGAGAGUUCACAGCAACAGUAUCUCAGUCAUCAUCUACCUUUUGUUCAACCUUGUUUUUAGCCCGCCUUGUAAGCAUUUCGCGUUGUUAUUUCAUUAGUUUCAUUACUGUUAUUUGCAUUCCUUAGUAAAAGAAAUGGGACGCCUUGUAACUCCGCAGACUCUCCUGAUUAUAUUACUUUUUUUUAUCCAUUUAAAUUCAGGCGCGUGUGCGGGGUUUGCUCUGGCAAAUGGUGAUUGGCUAGGAAGGACAAUUGCCUUCUAUCAAGUAUUUUUCCAGCAGGGGAGGGUGGCCUUGGGCAAAUGAUGUAUCGGUCCCUAGAAAGGUCACCCCAGGACCCCCGGGAUGGAAUUUUUUUGUACAGUGCCCAGGCUUCAUUUUCUUGGCCGCGCGUUGAUCUGGCCCGGCUGCUUCGGCGAGCGUAUUCUCGGUGUGUUUGGAUUAUAUUCUUCGAGUUUGUCAAAGUCUGUGGGAUUCGUUUCUCUAUCUGGGAAAGCUUCAUUGGUUUCUAUAUCUGCUGCUAUCCUAUUUCUACGAUCCUGGCAUGUCUAUUUUCCUUUGGAGUUCGAAUUUCGUGGAAAAAGUUGUGUUGAAUGAGAGCAUGUCGGUGAAAAUGGCAUCUCGUGUUUCCUACCUUGUAUAUUAUUAUUGUUGAUAGAAUGAAUUUGAACAAAUUACUGCAAAUUAUCACGAAACUUCGUUGGAGCAAUAAGGACAACAACAAUUAACUACAGAGUAAGUUUCAUUAAUCUUCAUUUAGUAUUUCCUAGAAAAAUUUUAGGGUGGUAUUUUUACCCCAUACAAACACUGUAAUUUUACUGCAAGGGUACUGUGGCACUAUCACAGAACCUGGGUUACCUGUGAUGUGAUAAACAAGAACAUGGCGGCAACUAACACGAGUCCUAAGCAAAAUGGUAACAACCGCUGACCAUAAAUACUGAAAACUCCUUACUACAGCACUGCUGUACGAGCCGUUUGCGUGUUUAUGAAAAAAAAAAGUAGACUUCCUAAGCUUUAAAAAAAAAAUCCAAAAAUGAACAUGUACGUUGAAUAUUCGCGGACUUUAAUCAUGAUUUUUCGAGGAUUCUAAUUUCACUUAUAAGACCACUAAAUUUUACGCAAAAUGACCUGCUCGCAACUUCGGACAGAAAAACGAACUUCAGUAUCUCGAAAUAUAUACUAUUUCAAAUUCUUUACCUAGUAGAAUAGUUUAGUUCACUAUUUUCAGGGUAAUUUUUGCUUAUGCAAUCGAAUUGAGUUCAAACUAUUUUUCGUAAAUUACGGUAAUUCAUGACAUUUCUAAACAAAUUGAACAGCGCGCGCGUAUAGAUAAAAUCUUUGCUAAAAUAAUAGAAUUAAUUGAAGGCAUAACAAUAAUGAAAGUGACUAGACAGGGAAGUGGGCAAAAGCCACUGUCUUAAGACAGGAAACUCAAUACUGCAGCAAGUAAACAAUGUUGCCCCAAGGAGGUAGUAGGCACCUACUGUACAUAUGUUCCCUGGAAUGAUGGAAUAGCCAGAAAAGUCCAAGCCCCUUCUCAUAUGUUUUUAUUGCAAGUUGAUUAUCAGCUUUCAUUUCUAAAAUACUUAAUCCACAAGCUAGCUAGCCAGAGACACCUUUUGAGUCCUGAACCGUGUUUCUUCUUGCGGCCGACACACUGCAUUUUAACAAGUCUGUGUUUGUUUUGCGACGGAUUUCAUUUAGAGAAAUUCUGAUAGUCUUUUUUCAUGUACGCCGGAGCGCGGAUGAAAAUGCUCAAUUUUCGCUAAUUUCAUACUCGAAAGAGCGCCGAUUUAGCGUUUUUCAAACUUCGCCCGAUUUCUGAAAAUAUAGGAAGCCGUUACAAGUUUUAAUGUGAUUUUUUAAAUAAGUAUACUAUAGAGAUUAUUUGGGCAAUAUAUAAAGAAAGUCAAAACUUCACGACUAUCAACCGAUUUUCGAAAAUUACAGACAUUGGCUCUUAAGGAACUGACUUCAUAAGUUUCGUUUCUGUCCUUCUUUCGAACGGUAAUAGUAAGCAGUCUUGUGCAUCUGCUUUGGGGGAUUUUUGAUUUCUUCUUGAAUUGUUUUUUGUUACUCUUGUUAGACUGCUCUGAUCUGCUAAAGUCAGGCCAUACUCAGAGUGGAGUGUACUCUGUGAACCCAGACGGAAAAGGAUCCUUCAAUGUAUAUUGUGACAUGCGCACUGAUGGUGGAGGGUGGACAGUGUUCCAGAGAAGACAAGAUGGCUCGGUGGACUUCUAUCGCGGCUGGAACGAUUACAAAUCAGGCUUUGGUCAGCUGACGGCUGAGUUCUGGUUAGGAAACGACAAGAUCCACAGGCUGACGACAGCUAGACUCAACACACUACGAGUAGAGCUAGAGGACUGGAAUGGAGCAAGAGUGUAUGCCAAAUAUGGCAAGUUUAACAUUGGUGAUGAGCAGGCGAAGCAUCGACUUGAAGUGGGUUCAUAUUCAGGGAGGGCGGGCGAUUCCCUAGUAAGCAGUCAUAAUAGGAUGGCGUUUAGCACAAAAGACCGAGAUCAUGACAUUUUAUCUUACUCCUCAUGUGCUGUGAGUUGGAAGGGUGCCUGGUGGUACAGUAAUUGCCACGAAUCCAAUUUAAAUGGAAAACACCUUGGAAACAAACAGGAUGACCGCGGAGUCCGGUGGUAUCCCUUCAGAGGUUCUCUUUCACUAAAAUUUACUGAAAUGAAACUGAAGCCGUCAUCUUAG